GUUAAAAGAAGCCAAAUGGAAUGCGGACACAAUUAUAAUGAAAGUCACAGCUUCUGUGCUCUUCAUUCUAAAGUCCUACUAGAUGACCGUCCUGCCACUAACCAGGCUGCCUCACCAUACACCACUGCUCCGGUCAGCCAAAAUGCAAGAAGGCUCGAACCAGCUCCGCCAUGUUUUCCCAGCGAGCAUGCGUGCGCGUAUGCACGUACGACCCUAACCAAUCAGUGCUCGCGUCGGCGGCUCGUUAAUCGCAGGGGCGGGGCGGCCUUCUACACAUCCGCCCGGUCGGGCGGCCCUUCUUCCUUCUCGCUGAACGCCGCCAACAUGGUGUUCAGGCGUUUCGUGGAGGUUGGCCGGGUGGCCUACGUCUCCUUUGGGCCUCAUGCCGGGAAGCUGGUAGCGAUUGUAGAUGUUAUUGAUCAAAACAGGGCUUUGGUUGACGGACCUUGCACUCAGGUAAGGAGGCAGGCGAUGCCUUUCAAAUGCAUGCAGCUCACUGACUUCAUCCUCAAGUUUCCUCACAGUGCUCGCCAGAAAUAUGUCCGACAAGCCUGGCAGAAGGCAGAUAUCAAUACGAAAUGGGCAGCCACAAGAUGGGCCAAGAAGAUUGAAGCCAGAGAAAGGAAAGCCAAGAUGACAGAUUUUGACCGUUACAAAGUCAUGAAGGCAAAGAAAAUGAGGAACAGAAUAAUCAAGCUUGAAGUUAGGAAGCUACAGAAAGCAGCUCUCCUGAAAGCUUCUCCCAAAAAGGCACCUGCUGCAGCAGCUGCUGCAAACGUUCCAGCAAAAAAGAUGGCCGCUGCGGGCAAGAAGGCUCCAGCCCAGAAGGUUCCUGCCCCAAAAGCUGCAGGCCAGAAGGCAGCACCUCCGAAGGCUCAGAAGGGUCAGAGAGCUCCAGCCCAGAAGGCACCUGCUCCGAAGGCAUCGGGCAAGAAAGCAUAAAAGCAUAAGAGGCUAUUAUAAAUCCGUAAUAAAGGUUCUUUUUGACACGCUG